AUGUGUGAAAUUUUUUAACGGAAUUUCCAACUUUCUGGGAAGACUGUCUCAUCAUUACAAGGAGAACAUUGGAGAACAUCGAACGAAACCUGGAUUAAAGCAGGAAACGAAAGGAAUUUGAACUCAUGAUGGUUAUCUAACAAAAAUAGGAAAGAUUAAAUAAAGAAAUAGGAAAUAUGGCUGCAAAGACUUUGAAAUCGAUUAGCGCUCAAUCUUUACUGGAUACACGUGCAUUUGGUGGAUGGUUAUUGAAACAAGAAAAUGGUAGAUUUGGAAAUGGAUUCAUCAGACGAUACUGCAUUGUACACGAUGGUUACUUGUACUAUUUCAAAGAUCACAAUAGUAAAUCACCUAAGGAUGCACUUCUCCUUAGUGGUUUCAGUGUGGAAGCAGCUAGACAAAGCAAGGGUCAUAAAUGGGGUUUUUCUCUUAAAUCAAAUGUAAAUACUGCUAAAGGAAGAACGUAUUAUUUCAACGUGCCUUCUCAAAGAGAACAAGAGGAAUGGAUAGCCCAACUAAAGCGGGUGGUCUCCCAUAACCUUUCAAUGACAAAUCGUGCUGAUGAUAAUCAAGAAGAAGAACUUAAUUCAGACGAUAGUGACUUUAGUUAUGACUAUGUUGAUAUAAAACCUUUUGAUGUAUGCUUUUUUAAUCCGGAACGUGCUGAACAGCCAAAAUUAGUUACAGAUGAUCCAGAACCCCCAGAUCCAGAGUUUAUUGGCCCAAAAAUAGGCCCUAAGCCAGAUGCUUUGCAAUCUUUUGAACAACCAGCUCUCCCUGUUCCACCUCCCAGAAGUCCACAAGUAAAACAAAAAGAACCAAAAAAUAACAGGGGAAGUGGUAAAUACGAAGUUACUGAAAUACAAACUCGCAUCACACCUCCUAAGAGAAUCGAACACAAAGAAGGAUUUUUGGACUACGAAAAAAUGUCUGGCAAUGCAGAACAUAAUAAUGCUGCAACAGAAAACAAAAAGCCUAUGGUACCACCAAAAUCUCCAUAUCAUACGGCACCUAAACCAAAACCUCGCAAACCAAAACAUGAAGAAAAAAACGAAGGCUAUUACGAAGACCCACAUGCAAUUGAUGUAGUGAUGGAUGAUGCAUCAGUGUUACCUAACUCUGUGUAUCAGUGGAGGUUGGGCAGAAGUGAGGCAGAAAAAUUACUUGAAAAUUUUGGAGCUAUUGGUUUAUAUUUGAUACGCCAAGGGCGAGAAGAGAAACAUGUAUUGAGUGUUUACACAGGGGGAGCUUCCAAACAUUAUAUAAUCUUCAUAAAAAAUAACAAGAGGUUCAUUGGUCAAGAACCUGAGCCGCAAUUUGAAGCACUGGGUGAUUUGAUACGAUAUUACAUGAAGCAUGAUUUACCUACUUGUAGUAUAACGUUGUCAAGACCGUAUAGGUAGUUAAUUGAAGAUUCAAAUCUUUUUGCUAGCAUGUCAAGAUAUUUUUUGUUUUGUGCAUGUUUAUAUUUUAAUUAUUAUCACUUGGUAGUUUUUUUUUCUUAGUUUAUGAAAUUUUUGUUUAUUUGCAUGUUAAAACAUGGUUUAGGUUCAUUUUGUUGUUGCAUUAUAAUUUAAAAGCUGGUGUCAGUUUUGUAUUUUUUAUAUUAUUUUUUCGCCAUGAUUUUUCACUGUUUUUAAAUAAGUUAUUUUUCUAAACUUUUACAUUUAUUACUAGAGAUUUUUCGAAUGAUUAAGAUUGAGAAUAAUAACUAUGAUUUUAAGUUAAAAAAGUUGAAAAAAGCCUCUGAUGUGGUUCUUUUUCUUUAUGUGAAAGGAAGUUACUGCAAAGUAAAAAGAUCGAAUGCUUGUCAAUUAGCAAUGUCCAUCUUAGUAUAUUAAUGCAAACAAUGGCUAAAGUGAAAUUUUUUAGAAAAAUGUCUAAGCAAAAUUUUUUAAAAAAUGCCCAAAAAUGUUAAAGCAAUGGAAAUAAACAGAAUUCUUAUUUUAUCUAUUUUUAUAUUUUCUUCAGAAUGUGGUAAGAAUAAAGCUGAUUUUCGACUAGGUAGAUCAACAACGUGUAUUGUUAUUUUACAAAAAGCCACCCUAAAAAGAAUUUGUGUUUUUGGCCUUUUCGUAUAGAAAAAAUUGUGUUCUUACUUGCCAUGUAACCCUAACCUCCUUCCCCCCCAAAAAAAAGGAAGAAGAAAAAAGUAAAAUAUGUUUGCUGAAAAAUAUUUUUCACUUUCAUGUUUACAUAAUACAAACAUUUUUGUAUAUAUUAUCAUUGGAAGAUGGAGUUGUGAGUAAAAGAAAAGGUUAAAGUGAGUUCAACUUUGUAUUUUCUGCAGAGCUGACGGCUUCUGAAAGAAUUUUUGUAGUGAAAAAAAGACCUGUUUUCUAGGCAUAGAAUAAUUAUCCUAGUGGAAAUUCAGCUUCCUUAAAAUAGGUAAAGAUAAUUAUUUCAAUUGUUUACUCUGGGUAUUAUCUCUUAAAAGAACCAGGAAGGUUUUUCCUGCUUUUUUCAAUUCCAGCACUUCCUCUCCAAAUAUUCUAGAAUACUUUAACUAUUUUUUGGAUGGGACCAUAAAAUAGAUUGUGUCGUAUAGAUCAAGCUACUUGUGAAUAAAAGUUUUUUUAGAAGAUUAGGGACACUUUGGGUAAAAUCAAUGAUGUAAAUAUUAAUUGUUGCAAUAAAUUUUUUUGCUUUAAUUAUAUUUUUAUUUUGUAUAAUUAUGUUAUUAUGCAAUGCAAAAACAUAGAUAAAUAGAAUUUAGGCAUACGAGAUAUUCUACAGAACAAGAUAUCGGGUUAUCGAAAAGUCGGUUCUGUCUAGCAAUAAAAAUUCAACAAUUCUAGUCUGACUUUUUAAACAAUCUCAGCAAGACAAAAUUUUCCUACAACGUUUGGUCCUUUUAAAACUUUGCCUUUCAAGUUAUGUAUUAUGCACUUGUUUUAUUUUUGUUUAAGAUUUUGUUAUAUUUUUACCACCAUUAUAAUUUUUAUCAAAUUUGAAGAAUAAAAAUUAUUUCUUAUAAAGUUUUAAAGCAUUUGUAUUUAUUUCAAAACUGAUAUUUAUUCAGUAAUUGUAUAUAAAAAUUGUUCAAUGCUUUUUUUUAUACAGACUUUUUCCGGAGGGACAAGUUAUUGAUAGCACAUACAAAAUUUCCAAUUUUAUAGGAUGCUGGACAUUUUAGCACACCUGAAAACACUUUUUGCUUUUUACUGUGCAGAUGG